GGUACAGUCGCGCAAGACAGCGACUACCGGCGCAGGGCGCAGCCUGAUCAGAUCAGAUCUGAUCAGAGUCCAGAGAAAUUUGGUACAGAGACAGUUGCUCUCUCCUCCAUAAUUCAUGACACUUGCCCUCGAUUGAGUAUUGCGAGAGUUGAGAGGUAUGCUUCAGUAUCGGACUGCAAAUUUCAAUUCGAAGCGAUUGAAAUAGUGGUGCAGAAACACGUACUGUCAGUUGACCAGCUGUCAGUGAACAAUAACUUUUAAACACACACAAUGAGUUCCAUGCCAGAGGAGGACGCUCAGCAAAAACAAAAAUUAAAGAAGCCCAGUCGAUUUCAAAUGUUAGUGCCAGAAAGUUUGGUGCCUGUAUUUCUUUUUGUUGUGGCGAUUCCUAUUUCAAUGUUGAUGUGGAUCGGACACUUAGCAUUUUCAUUCUUCAAAGAAACAUCACGCUUGGAUUCAGAUAUAGCUGUAGUUCCUCCAACAAGGUGGCUUGCAUCGACGUUAAUACCUUUGGCUCUUGUGUUACAUGCACUAAGGCGUAAGCAUGUUAGUAAAAGUGGGGCAAUUCUUGGAUCCAUCAUUGCUUUUGCAUUAUCUCUUGCUAGUUAUUCAUUUUUGGCAUGUUUGAUUGCAUUUUUCUUUUCUUCAUCACAAGCCACAAAGUUCCGACAAGAAAAGAAAAAAAAGAUUGAGGAACAUUUUAAAGAAGGGGGACAGAGGAAUUGGGUUCAAGUUUUGUGCAAUGGUGGCAUGGCAGCACAACUGGCAUUUCUGUACAUUCUUGACAUGGGAUGUGGUGAACGCCCUGUUAAUUUCAUCAAUGAUUAUCGUGGCUCAUGGCUCAGCCUUGGUGUCAUGGGCUCAUUUGCUUGCUGCAAUGGCGAUACAUGGGCAUCAGAAUUAGGAACUGUGAUUGGCAGGGCUGAACCAUACCUUAUCACUUCUUGGAAAAAAGUGCCCAGAGGAACAAAUGGAGGUGUCACAAUCUUAGGCUUAAUAUUUUCUGCUGUUGGUGGAGCACUGAUUGGGAUUUCGCAUUAUGUAACUGUGUUUUACUUCGUGGAUGCUCAGCAACUGCAGGUGUCACCCCCUCAGUGGCCUCUUAUUAUUGCAGGAGCACUGGCAGGCUUUUUUGGCAGUGUCUUAGAUUCUGUCUUAGGAGCUACAUUACAAUACUCUGGGCUAGACGAGAGAACAGGUGUUGUGGUUGAAAGGAGUGGUAAAGGCAUUCGUCAUGUUAGUGGUGUCCGAUUUCUUGACAACCACUGUGUAAAUUUAAUAUCAUCUAUAGCCAUUGGUCUACUUACACCAAGGUUUGCAAAUACCUUUUGGCCAACAGGCAACUGAUUCAAUGUGCUGGCCUCAAUGUUUUCUAGUUGAUUAAUCUUUUUAUCUUGAAGCUACAAAUAUUGUUUUUACUUUUCUUUUUAACAUUCCUUAUUCUUCUCCUACCCUGUGAAUGAGGGUUCAUGUUAUCUUCCAAUCAAGACUGCUGCUAAAUUUUAAAACAAGUUUCUUGUGUUCAGGCUCACAGUUUCAGUUCUUAUUCUACUCAGUAUUUUAUUAUGUAAUUCAUGCAUGUGUUAAGUAUAAUAAGCACUUGUUUUUACUGUUCUGGACAAACUAUUUUUACUUAUACUCCCAAUUGGAUGUUUAGAUCUUAAGUGUUAUUAAAUAUCAUACAUUGUGGACUGAUCCCUGGUUUUAAUUAUUAGGGGAAAUGUGGAGGUUCAAGGAACAGUGGCAACCUUCAUUUCUCUGUAUUGGUUGUUUUCCCUUUACUUCUACAAAAUUAUUAAGUUGUGUUUUUAUGUUUUAUAUUAUUGUGUGGUUCAUCAUCAUUUGUUUAUACAACUUUAUUUUAUACUGUCAGAUUCAAGAAAUUAUGAUCUAUUCUAAGUUAAUAAUCUGUUAUAACUCAUCCCCCCUCCCCCAAUCUCUCUCUGGCUAUUGAAGGAGGACAUGUUAAGCCGGACCCCAUGCUCACAAUAAACUACUGCAUUUUCACAGAUUUGACUGCUGUGUGUGUUCUCAAAAAAAAAGUUCUCUGAUUUAGAGUCGUAGCAUGUAAAC